CUGAGUUCAUAGUAAUGAUCGCUAUGAUACCUUUUAAUAACUCUGUUGGAAGUAACUCACGUGUACCACCAAUUUACAGCAUAAAUAAAUAUCCAAUAUUACCAAACAAUACAUCUGGGAAUGAUUCAUCUAAUCCUAUUCCUCAAUUCUCAACCACCUCUCGUCGAGGUAGACGAUCAGCUAUUCCACCUGAAAUUAGAGAACAAACACGUCGAAUUAAAAAGCAAAAUAUGGAACGUAAACGACGUGCAUGCAUCUCGGAUAAAAUAAAUGCCUUACAUAAUUUGGCGAUGAAUCUUAUUGGAGUUGAUUCACAUGAAUAUCAUAAAGUUGAAAAGGCUGAUAUUCUGAAUUUAUGUCAUAGUGUAUUCAGAGGAAUUGCAAAUAUCGUCAAAGAUGACCCUGAAUUACAAUUACGUUUACGAAAAUUACGUGAUAAUUUGAAUGAAACAUCAUCCACUUCAACGUUGCCAUCAUUGGCAUCAACAUCAUCUGUUGGAAUAAAAGAUGAUUCAAUCAAAUCCAUUGAGAAAAUGAAGUUAGAUCAACAAGAAGACAAGCCACUGUAUCAAUAUCCUCAAAAUGUUGUCUACUAUCAUCAAAAUCAGAAUGUAUCAUCAUCAUCAAAAGUAUCUAUCCUUCCGUCUUCUUCACUAUCAUCAGUCUACUCUCCAUCGAAUAGUAUUGAGUACCAACAAUAUAAUAAUACUGACGAUAAAGAAAAUCUAAAAAUACCAAAAUUAACUGUAAGGAAUGUUUCAUCCUACACAAAGUAUAUACCUGUUACUACUCCUGCUCCUCUACCUCCUCCUAGUACCAUUCCUACAUCCUGUAUGAAUAGUGAUACAUCCCAUUGGACGCUGUCACCGCCAUUAUCCUCUGUCAUACAAUCGACUCCAUUGAAUAAUCUACAAUUAAAUCAUCUCAUACAUUUACAAGAAAGAAAGAGGCAGUAUGAAUCAACACCCAUACAGCAGCAGCCUACUAAAGUAUUCAAUUCACCAAUCAAUUAUUAUUCUAGAGACAGCGGUUUUGAUAGUAUGCAAUCAGUCGAAAUGACACCAACAAAUAUCAAACAAAUGUUUACAUUGAAUGAAGAUGAUACUAGUCCAAUUCGAUUGAUGAAUCAUAAUUCUUUAUUCAAAGAAACGUCGAAUAUUUCAAUGCCUUUUUCAUCGUCAACAACACCUUCAACGUCAUCAGAAAAUUAUCAGUCUGUAUUGUCGACUCCUGAACUGAAUAGACUGCCUGUUUUUGAUAUGAUAAAAAAGUUAAAGGAUACUCCAUUGUCGUUGAGUAGUAGUGAUGAUUCAACGGCAGCCAGUACUACUGAUAUUUGUUCAUCGAUUGUAGUUACUCAUAGUAAUCCAGUUGGUUGUACUAGUGAUCCUUCUGUUAAACCUAUGUGGAGACCAUACUUAGAUUAACUCUUUUUACUUUUUGUUUUUCCACUUUGAUUGGCGCCAUACAGUUUAUUGUAUAUAAUUAGAAUUCUUACAUACACACAGGACAUUCAUUUAAUAUAUCCAUAUACAUUCAGAUAUAAUGUACAGUUUUAUACUCAGGAUGCCUUGUUGAAGGCACUCCACGAAAUGUAUUCACCUUUUCGAUUUUAUUUCCUAAUAUUAACCUUUUUUGAGUACCUGAUUAUUC